AUGAGUGCUACCUGGAGAGGCGUUUUCACCUUUAAUAAAUACAGCCAGAUCACUGCUGGCGCAGUGCGCAAGUCUCUGAAAGAAUCUCAGCGUUUGGCAGCGGAGAAAAGAGGAAUAACUGCCCUAAGAUAUCAAGUCUGGGAAAAUGGGAAGGGCGGUGAACAAAUUAUCCUCGACCCCGCACAAGAUUCUGACCCGAAGGCGAACAAGGCCGCUGUAUGA